AUGUCAGGGGAUCCUUCCACAACAACUCUGCGAAAUGUUCAAAAAGAAUUGGCAGAAUAUCGACGGAAACAUGAGGAAAAGUUGAAAUUGGCACGGCAGAAGGAAGAAGAGGUAAUUUUCAUUUUGUUCUAAUUUUUCCUUCGGGUUUAGGUUGAAGUAUUGAAGGGAACAGCUAGUGUUGACAUUGCAUAAGGUGUAGAGGAUGUUUUAAUAUACUUUUUCUUAGGUUUUAAGAUGUAAAAGAGUAAUUUUUAAGGAAGAAAAGAGAUUGGCAGAAGAACGUGAAAAGAAGAUGAAUCCCAAGUCAAAUCUUCGCUUUUUUCAACUCUGGGCGAUUGAUGUGUUAGAUAUUCUACCUUUAAGGCUUUGGAGAAAGUUCAACGCCAAAUACCCGCUUCAAUGCUGGGUUGUAACACUUUCUUUUUGGCUGAUUGGUCAACUUCUAGCUGCUCACAUUGAAUUUGGAUGUGUUUACUUCUUGUUUUCCCUAUUCCUGUUGAUGUUUUUGAAUUUGGGAGUGCGAGCUGAAGGCGAACUUAGUGCUUAUUCUGUUUUCAACCCUAACUGCCAUAGGUUGUUGGGUCAGAUAACAAGCGAACACUUCGAACGAGACAUGUUGAUGCAGGCCAGAGAGGAUGAUGAAUGA